GUCGGAGUGAGACCUCCUGCUCCCGGUUGUCUGACAGCUGCUCUGUGAAACGGAAGACAUUUUGAGCUGCUGCGGUCGGUCCCGGUUUGCUGUUUGAGUGUCAGCCUGAAGUUACGGCUGACGGUACCGGAGAGCCUCCAGACUGAGCGGAACACGGCGAGAAAAGACGAGAUUUAAGAAAACAUUUCCAAGUUUAACCGGCGUAUGUGCAGCACAGCUAGCUUAGCUUAGCCAAGCUACAAGAGCUAGCAAAGUCCUAGAUGCUAGUUAGUUAGCGUCACCUAGCUGGCCUCCUCCUCCUCCUCCUCCUCCUCCUCCACCUCCUUCUCCUCGACAGCCGGUCCCUCCACGCAGACACAAUGGCUUUAAAACGGAUUUCCAAGGAACUCACCGAUCUGUCCAGAGAUCCUCCGGCUCAGUGCUCCGCCGGGCCGGUCGGUGAAGACAUGUUUCAUUGGCAAGCUACUAUUAUGGGGCCUCCUGACAGUCCCUAUCAGGGCGGAGUAUUUUUCCUGACUAUCCAUUUUCCAACAGAUUAUCCUUUCAAACCACCCAAGGUCGCCUUCACAACAAGAAUUUAUCACCCAAAUAUUAACAGUAACGGCAGCAUCUGCUUGGAUAUAUUGAGGUCACAGUGGUCUCCAGCAUUAACUAUCUCUAAAGUCCUUUUGUCCAUUUGUUCUCUGUUAUGUGACCCGAACCCCGACGACCCGCUAGUGCCAGAGAUCGCCCGCAUCUACAAAACAGACCCUGUAAGGUAUAGCAGACUAGCCAGGGAGUGGACAGAGAAGUAUGCCAUGCUGUGAGGGUACAACAAGACAGCUCAGGACUGGACUCAGAAAUACGCCAUGUGAUCCACAUCCUCGCCCACUGCUGGAACAAACUGUUUGAUUUCUCAUGUGCCCCCCCCCCCCACCUCCCACCUCCCACCUCCCCUCCUCAUCAGCCAAUCACAGCAAUUUGUUCACGUUUGUUUUCGUCCCCUUCCUCAACUUUAAAACGCUUUUAACCUGUUGAUUUGCCCUUUUCUCUGCUUCCUGAGAGGAAAUGAACCGAGUGAAGACGGGCGGCGGACUCUGAGCUGUGAACGUGCCAACUGAAGAGACAGAGCUGCCAGAGAAUAUGAAUAAAAUAAUAAUUUAAUGCAUGUCAGUGAUUGGUUCAUGUGCUGCUGAGACUUUUAAAAAAAGAAAGGCGACAGCUUUUUGGUUUUAUUCUGUUAUUUUUUUGAGGUUUUGUUUUUAGACGAGAGCCGUUAGUUCAUCCAUCAUCCUCAACACUGUUCUCCUCUUUUUGCACUGAAGAUGAAACUCAAAGCUCUCAAAGGCUGAUCGAUCAACUAAUAGCUCUGAGAUGUUUUUGUUUAUCAAUAAAGUUGAACAAAUUGCGGUU